CGGGAAUGGAUGGAUACAUUACCUGGCUUUAUUAAUAAACCUUCCGGAUCACGUGGUGAGCCCAGCCCAGCACAUUAUUCUGCUACACUAGCAAGGUAUUUUUCGACCGGGUGAUUUUUUUUUUCUUUUUCUCUCUCUCCUCUCAUCGGAAACGGGAGGGAUGCUGCUGCUGCUUCUGUGAGGGAGAGAGGUGAGCGCAGUUGGAAAAGCAUCCUCCCACCCCACCACCACCACCACCACCACCCCUCCCUCCAAAGCUCCUCCUCUGUCGUCGGAAAGCGGACGACCGGUCACAUUUACUCAAUGAGAGCAAGAGGGCACCGGAGAGGAUUUCCUAAUUCCUACCUGCUGCUGUGCCGUGUGGCUGAUUUUUCGUCUCUGUGAAAGCAGAGGCUAAUAUGAAGACAUCAUUUGGCAAACCAGACCCUGGGAAGCGCCUACAAUCUCAUCAGCUCAUUUGAAACUGAAGACAACACCAUGCACUGUCUCCGGUAAAAUCCUGUUCCCCACUCUCCCCUCUUCCUACCAAGCGUUUGAGAGCGAGGACACGACACGCUGCACAGACAUGGCUUCAGAUCAGCCCUGCAUGGAUUCACUAGAGCAGAGCAGGCCCAUGUUGGGCGCUGCCUGUAAGCGCCAGGCCUACCGGUGUCUACGGAAAAAACUGAGGCCGGUACGGAUCUUAGGGUUCGUCUUCAGCCUGAUGGCCAUAAGUGCUGUCUCCCUCAGUGCCUUGACCUGGAGCUCAGGGGGUCAAAGCGAGGAGAGUCUGCAAGAGUCAGUUCCCCACAGGACUCUACUUUUCACCCAACCCCAGACAGACCCCAAUGCAUCAGCCGACAUGCCAAUAGCCAUGAAAUCUACAGCAGAUAGCAAUAAGAGCCAGGGGGAUUACCCAAGAGACCUUUUUACCCUUGAUGAGAGGCGCCAAGGAGCAGUGGUCCUCCACAUGUUCGGCAUGAUAUACAUGUUCAUCGCCUUAGCCAUAGUGUGUGACGAGUUCUUCGUCCCAGCUCUGACGGUCAUCACGGAGAAGCUGACCAUUUCGGACGACGUCGCAGGUGCCACCUUCAUGGCGGCUGGCGGCUCAGCCCCAGAGCUCUUCACCUCCAUCAUCGGCGUCUUCAUCUCGCACAGCAACGUGGGCAUCGGGACCAUCGUAGGCUCCGCCGUCUUCAACAUCCUCUUCGUGAUCGGUAUGUGUGCCAUCUUCUCCAAGGAGAUCCUCAACCUGACGUGGUGGCCGCUGUUCCGCGAUGUCUCCUUCUACAUCCUGGAUCUGAUCUUGCUUAUCAUCUUCUUCCUGGAUAACGUAAUCUCGGUGUGGGAAAGUGCCACGCUGCUGUCGUGCUACGCCGCCUACGUGAUCUUCAUGAAGUUCAACAGCAACAUGGAGGGCUUCGUAAAAAGUUGCAUGAACAAGAACCAAGUGGUAGAAGUGGAAGUACAGCCCAAGGAUGAGAAGGCAAGUCCUGGGGCGCUGGAGGAUGACGGCAAGUUGUCGGCCAGACCUCGGCUCCAGAGGGGAGGUAGCUCCGCCUCCCUGCACAACAGCUUGAUGAGGAACAGCAUUUUCCAGCUGAUGAUUCACACGCUGGACCCUUUAAGUGAAGAAUUUGCUGACUCUGAGCUUGGGACUUAUGGGAAACUAAAAUAUUAUCACUCAAUGACUGAGGAAGGUAAAUUCCGAGAGAAGGCAUCCAUCCUUCACAAGAUUGCAAAAAAGAAAUGCCAAGUGGAGGACAGCGAGAAGGCCAACGGAGUGGCAAGCCGUUCAGAUAAGAACCUUCCUAACAGCUCCAGCGUGGAAGUGGAAGUGACGCCACCCAUGAAUGGAACAGCGGGACAAGAGGGCGAAACGGCUGAGGACGAGGAGGAGGAGGACCAGCCUCUGAGCCUGUCCUGGCCCGAAUCCAACCGCAAGCGCUUCACCUACCUCUUAAUCAUGCCCAUCGUCCUCCCCCUGUGGCUUACGCUGCCUGAUGUCAGAAAACAGUCUGCUAAGAAGUUCUUCCCCAUCACCUUCCUGGGUGCUAUCAGCUGGAUUGCAGCCUUCUCCUACUUAAUGGUGUGGUGGGCUCACCAGGUUGGAGAGACCAUUGGGAUUACAGAGGAGAUUAUGGGCCUGACUAUAUUAGCAGCUGGAACCUCCAUCCCUGACCUCAUCACCAGUGUUAUCGUGGCACGCAAGGGUCUGGGGGAUAUGGCGGUAUCCAGCUCCGUCGGCUCAAACAUCUUCGACAUCACCGUUGGGCUGCCGUUCCCCUGGAUCCUCUGGUCCUUCUUCAGCGGCAUGAAGCCGGUGCAAGUCAGCUCCAACGGCCUCUUCUGUGCCAUCGUGCUCCUCUUCCUAAUGCUCAUCUUCGUCAUCAUCUCCAUCGCCGCCUGCAAGUGGCGCAUGAGCAAGCUGCUCGGCUUCAUCAUGUUCAUGCUGUAUUUUGUCUUCCUGGUGGUCAGCGUCAUGCUGGAGGACAAGGUCAUCACCUGCCCCGUGUCCGUGUGAGGACCUGCGAGGACCCGCUUCCUCUCCUCUCGUCACCACCACAAACAACCACCGACACAACAAUCCUUCUUGUCUGCCAUCGCUCUCACCUGACCCUUGUGAUCCUUUAACCCGGGAACGAAAUAGGAAUAUGGAUUGCUGGAGGAGAGUAUGAUACAAAAAAAAAUAUGAAAUCUGCCUUUAUCUUCAGUAAGCAGACGGUGGCGGGGAGGGGUUAAAUCAACAAGGACGCAAGACUUUUGACUUGGCUGGUUUAGCUUUGGCCUAGCCUGAGUGGAUUUAUAUUUGUUAUUGUUAUUUAAUAGGCAGGUAAGGAGGGAGUAGUGGAUGUACCAGCCAAAUAUAGAAGCAUUAUGCAUGCCAUUAGUGUCACUAGAUGAGCUGGAAUCAAGACUACACCUGGUAGGCUGAGGAGGAUGGCCUCCUGUGAACUUUGGGUGGGGGUGGGGGGGAGGGGGGGGGCAAGAGGUGCACUGUAUAAAACUCUUAAAACAAGUGCAGUGGCUGAGCUGAGAUUGAACACAAAUUAACUACUGCUGUCUCCAAUAGAGUGAAAAGGAAUUUGCGGAUGAGGAAAUGGCAGACUGUGUGGAUGAAGAUUUUGCUCCAAAUGUGUUCUCUAUCUGAAAUAAAAGAGGGAAAAGACUCUCCUCUGGGCUCUGCACCUGAGCGACAAGGGACAAAACACCCUUUCUGGGCAGACAAACUUCUUCUUUCUUAUUAUUUCUUUCUCUUUUUUUUUUUUGGAUUUAUCACAUGCUCAGUCUGACUGACAAGUUCAAGCUCCACCUCUUCCCUGCCGGACGUCGUUUUUUCACCGCUGGAUGUCUCUUCAGAGGAUUCUUUUUUUUUUUAAUUUUUGGAUUCAUUUUCAUGAAA